AUGACAACUGGGCUUGUGAGACUUGCACCGAGAAGGAGAUGCGACUGGAUUGAUGAGGUGUUGGAAUCUCCUGUUGAGGUUGAGAUGAAAAUUGAGAUUGACAAAACAUUUAUGGCUCGCAUCCAAGAGAGGCUUAGACUCAAUUCAGCAAGCUCGCUUGGAGUUCUGAGCAGCUAUGGAUGCGACUCCUUUGAGUCUCGAAAACCCGCUCUGAGACGCCAUUUCGAGGGUCCGAUUUGCUCCGCGUUCCAACAAUCUUCUCAUUUCUUCAUGGACAAUAGUCUUCGGUUGUACGAUGUUGAAAGCUCAAAGCUGAGGUUGGAAUCGCAAGGGGAAGCUGCACUUCUUGAUUGCUGUCUUGAAAAUGAUUCCGUGGCUUUUAGUGCUGCUUCUGAUGGUUCUAUUCACAGGUAUGAUAUGCAUUCGGGACAUAAAUCAACAAUAGGGAAUCAUGAUGAUAUGGCAACUUUUGUUGAGUAUUCUCCUGAGACAUGUCAAUUGAUUACUGCUGGUUGGGAUAAGAAUAUAAUCUUUUGGGAUGCACAAUCAGCUAACUCCGUUGGACACUUGAACAAUCUAACAUCAGAGCCAAAGUCUAUGUCACUCUCCGGCUUCAAUUUGAUGGUUGCUAUUGAUUCCUCUGUAAUCAUUUAUGACUUCCGUUCUCUUAGAAAAUCGGUUCACAAGAAAGAUAUCCGAGUAAAAUGUGUCCGCCCUAUUCUUCAUUAUGAAGGGUUUGUGGUUGGAUCAGUCGAUGGACGGGUUGCUUUGGAGUAUAUCUGUGAAUCCAAUUUGGAUAAGGGAUAUGCUUUCCGAUGCCAUCCAAAGGGAACAGACGGAAGAAAUCGUGUGGAGUCAGUGAAUGACAUUGCGUUUAGUCCAUUAAAUAGUGGUUCAUUUGUAACGGGUGAUAAUGAGGGCUACGUAAUUAUGUGGGAUGCUUGCUACAAGAAGCGACUGUUUGAGUUUUCAAGGUAUCCAAAUAGUAUUGCUUCUUUGUCAUACAACCAUGAUGGAUUCCUUUUAGCUGUUGCAUCGAGUUACACUUACCAAGAAGCUGGCGAAAGGGAAGAGCUACCACAGAUAUUUAUACACAAAGUCGAGAACUUUCAAAGCGAGUCACCUUUUGUUGGCACCGCAUGACUGAGAUGACUCUGAAAUCAGGUGCUUACAAUCUCGCAUUUGAAUUAUCAGAAUUUACCUUGUAGGAGGAACCGAGCCCUUAUUUUUUGGAGGUUGAUCACCAACGAAACUCUUACACUCUGGAAAAUGUUGGUUUCUGCAUGAAAUUCUCAUUCUCCGUUUGGAAAUCAAUCUUGGAGUACGGUCACUUAACCAAAGGGUGGGUGAACAAUUAGGAUACGGUUAUUAACUAGAGAAACUUUCAAAUUUUUAUGGAGUAACGAGAAUAGUAAAUGUGUGUA